CCCACUCUUUCUGACUCUUCUGCUUCUCAUUCUCAUGCUCUCGUGAAUCACUGACCACUCAUUCUGCCACGACCUCGUCGUCUCCGACUGACUUCAAAAAUACCACCCUCCGCCCCACUCCCUCCAACCGCCAAUCUCAACUCCGUGGCGAUCACUCCUCUUCCUCAAUUACCCUCUGACGUCAUGCCCGACGACCUCCCCGCUCCUGCUCCUUGCUCUUCGUCAUCUCCAACAUCCUCCCCCCUCUCUCCAUCACCCAUCCCUCUCUCUCCAGCAUGCCCACGAAAACCCCCAGAUCGUACGGCAGCACGAGUGCCGCCGCCGAGCGCGGCGAGCGCGGCGCCUCGUCCUACGACGACGACGAGUACAUCUCUGCCGACGUGUACCGGGCGAGCAUGCGUCUCGUGCGCCUGCAAAUGAGCAUCCCGCUCAGCGUCCUCAUCGCGCUCGGCACGCUCCUCGUCUGCGGCUUCCUCAUCAACCCCGGCAUCGGCGAGAUCUCCCUCAUCCACCCGACGCUGCUCACGCCGAACCACGAGAUGGUCGUCGGCUUCGCCGUCCUCCUUUUCAUCCUGCAGAUCGGCUUCUGCCUCCUCCUCGCGGCCGCGAGCAGCGACUGGACCAAGGACUCGCUCAUCAACGGCGUCGGCCUGCGCCUCGCCAUCGCCAACUGGCUCACCGCCGCGUGGGCCGUCACAUGGACGCUGUCGACGUUCAAGAUCGCUGCGGUGAUCGUCAUCGUCGAGGCCGUCAUCGUCCUCUCCAUCCACUUUACGCUGCAGUCGUACCCCGCGUCGUUCGCGCACCCGCUCAACGCCGUCUUCGUGCACACGACAAUCAGCAUGCUCCUGGCCCUCACCCUCGGCCUGGGCUGGAUGUCGUGCGGCUUCGUCGCGCAAGACUGGGUGAUCGAGAAGCGCAAAGAAGCCGUCGUGUGGAAAUGGCAAGCGAUCGGUGCUGUAGCGGGCACGCAUGCCGUCGCCUCUCUCUGGGAACUCUUCACGAGACAAUACGUCCUCGCAAUCUGCAUGGAAUACCAGAUCCUCACCCUCCUCCUCAGCACGCCACACGUCUACCCCCCGCUCCCGAACAACCCCAUCGUCCGCCCCCCCGCCUAUGUCAUCACCCUCACCGUCCUCCUCGCGAUCCACCCGCUCGCUUGCGUCGCAGGCUGGGCCCUCAAGCGCUACCGCGAGCGCGAGGUGCGCAUCGCGCUCCAACGCGAGGCGGAGGAGGCUGACGUGCGCGCCCGCCGCGCCGAGCUCCGUUCCCCCGCGCCUACGCCGGCGCCCGUCGCCGCAGCCGCGGCCGAGGCGGGCGGCGCGCCCGCGCCAAAGGCCAAGGCGAAGAAGGCUAAUCCGGAGGAGGAGCCGCUGCUCGAGACGUAGUGUGUGGCAUGCGCCCUUAAUCUCCCCCAAUCUUGAUGUUCUUCACGACUUUUCUGAUAUUGUUCACCGACGCCCCCUUCUCUGAUAUUUCUGCUCCACUCGCCCACCCUCCCCUUGUUUUCUUGCCGCCCCGCCUCACUUUAUUGUCCUGUUGACCAGUGAUAUGAAUACCAGAAUACCAGCGGUGACG